AUGGGAUCCGUUGGAGACACCACAGCCACAUGGUCGUCCUUCAACGAGAGGUUGAAGUUCGUUUCAGAUAAAAUCGAUACCAAUGAUUCCAAAGCCACUAGCGACAGCCUGGAGGAUCUCAUUACUGACGAUUCCACUGUUUCGACAACAACCUACUCACCGUCAAGUACUGCUACCACUAUUGGAUACUCCGCCACUGGGUCAAUAGCCGCAGUUCCUAGGUUCAUCUCAACAAGUGAUACUCAAAUACUAUGUCCUUCCGAUACCCACGAAAGGUUAAGCCCUAUGAGAAUAGUCUCUCUGAGCAGUGCCAGCAUUGGAGUGGUGGCCACGAUCGAGAAUUUUGCCUUAGUCUCGACGGAUAUUCCCAAUCUUCCACCAGCUGAGAGUUGUGAAAUUGCUACAAGUAAGGGAGUCGCAAGUCCAACACAGCCUGCCUUCGAGACAAGUGUUUGUAGCGAUCAAGAUGAGAGACUGAGUAUCGGUUCGUUGAUUGCAUAUGAUGCCCAGGAAGCUUCUCCUCCUUACAGCAACUACGUCAAGAGCUUGGCACCAACUUGGAUUGACCAGCUUGGGUCAGUAUCUGCACAAUGGUUCGAAUAUCCAUCAUUUGGUCACUCAGCUGUGGGGGUGAAGGGUAUUUAUGGAUGCACAUCAGUGAUCAUAGCGUCUGAGAAGGGUGUGUAUAUCUCACACAUUUGGGAGAGCCCUGUGUUCGUUGACCAAGCUUUCAAUCCAACUGAUGACAACUUCUUCACAAUAAAUGCGUUCAAUUCCCUCCGAGAUGGAACCGUAUAUGCACAAAGUGUAACUGGUCUGAUUGGGACUGACCAGAAUCCCGGUGUCUUGAAUGCAAUCUACGCACCCAAAGUCUUCGUUCUUACGCCCUUCACUACAGAUUGGGAUCGACGGAAGUUUGGAAUUUCUACCACGCUCAGAUAUCAAGCGCGUGCCCAAGAGCUUGCGCAAAAGAUAGCAAACAUUGUUCUUGGCUCCGGCGGAGAAGGUAUCAUCCUGGGUUAUACACGUACGAGUCGGCAGGCAUCGAGUCAGGAGCCAGGCAUUGCAGGAAGAGUCAUUUUGGAGAUUGACCCUUCUUACACAUGGCUUACUACACCCUACGACUUGAAAUCUGCAGGCCUCCAAAUUGGUCGUUGGUGUCUGUGGGUAGAGGAUCAGUUGAUUACUUACCAAGACUUCUGGCUUCCUCAUAUUACAGCUUCUGGGGGCUCCUCCCGACGGGACAUUGGGUAA